UCCCGACUCCUUAAGGGCCUGGAGCGCAUAAGUUGUGACCUUUUCAUUCCCGUUGUUAUGGAGGUAGGGUCUUCGCGAAUCUGGGAGUGGUAGCUGGGGGCAAGAGCAAAUAAAGAGCUCGAGCUUCUGUGGUCUUUGGGGAGGUGUUCCCGGGAAGCCUGCCUAGAGGCCGGUGGGCAGCUGUUGAGAUGGCGUGGCUCCCCGGCUCCUGCGCUCGCGUGGAUUUCGCGGCGGGCGCUGCGGCCCGGUGUUGGACAGCCUGGCAGGGCAGCGGGGGGCUGAAUCCGGCUGCCGUGGAUGAGGCUCAUGGAUCGCCCUUUUGUGGUAGAGCCACAUCUCCCAGAGCCUGGAGUCUGCGAAGGCCGGGACCCGGUUCUCCGGCCCGCCGUGGGAGUGUGCAAACCCGAGAGAGCUGGAUUGCCUACCCACCGCAGAGUGCUGAAGACGGGGUAGCCAUGAGGUUGCAAAUUCGUGAAGAAUCAGCAGCAUGUUUGGCAGCUGAGUAUUGGAGCAAGGAGCCUGCCACGAGGUUUUGAGAACAGAGUGCCGUUUUAGAGCUGGCGGCAGCAUCUUCGCCCAAGAGAAGGUAAGCCUUGAGCUGGCCAAUGACCCCCCCAACCUGAUAGUGGAAUGAAUAAACAGCUGAUCUUCUUAAAACGCUU